GACGGGGCAGGGAAAGCCGACUUUGGACAUGUCUUCUUCCCUCACUCCAUUAGAAACUCACGACAAGUCAUGGAAUCUAUGGCCCGAGUGCUCUCUUCCGCUACAUAAUAAUAAAGUACAUGAGGCUUUCAUACAAGUUCAGGGGCAAAUGGUGAAGAAAGAAUGGGCUCAUGUGUUGGGUGGACGGGGAGUUCCAGCU